GCUCUCGCGGCAGUUCAGACCUCGUGCUCGUCCCCCCUUGUCUGUCUGUGUGUGGUAUCCGCAGGUCCGGGGCACUUUUUGGUGUGUGUGUGUGCGUGUGUGCGUGUGUGUGUGUAUGUGUGUGUGGUGUGUGUUUGAGGGGUUUGUUGGGGUGCAGACCGAAGAGCUAAGCGGAGCCAAAAGGAAGGAAGGAAGCCGCAGAGCUCCCGAGUGUCGGGCUGCGUCUCCCCUCUGGCGUUCUUUCUCCUGCUUGCGCUCUCCGAGGCGGCGGAGGCGGCGUCGAGCGCUCCUGGUUGGAGACGCGGCGCUUGAGCAGGGAACAGCGAGGACCCCUUUGCGGAGGCUUCCUGUGCCCGCUGGAGUUAGGAUGCCAAGUCGGCCGCUUUGCACCCACUGAGCCGGAGUUUCCUCGGCCCGGCCCUGGGAAGGGCUGGCGGCCGCGGCGGCAGCAGCAGUAGCAGACGGAACAGCAGGCUCUCCUCUCCGAGGGGGGGCGUCGGAGCGCCCGCGCCCGGCUCCCGCCCUCACACUCCGGAGCUUCUGCGGCCCCCAGCCGCUACCUCAGAGCCGGCCUUCUUCCUCUUCAAGCCGACAGCCACCUCUGGGCUCGGACCCGCGCGCCGCGAAUGCUGGGGCUGCCCUGGCGCGUCCCCCUCCCACCUGAGUGAUUGGAGGGGGCCCGCACUCGCCCCAGAAGAGGCUCUGGCCUCGGGACCCUGCGCCAUACCCGCCGGGGAGGAGACGAUGUUCGCUCAGUUCCCGGUUCUGACGCGCUCCACGCAGCCUGGGGAAGGCUGCCGACCGCAGCCCGCCGAGCCCUAGGCUCACAAAGCCCGCGCCCGCCACCCGGCCUCGGCGCCCGCCGACGACUUUGCCGCCCACUCCGCGGCUCUUUGUCUUUGCUUGGGGUGGGCGCCUGACUCUGGGAUUUCGCUGCGAGAGCGGGCUGGGGGGGCCGGGGGCGAGCUCUCGGUUUGCCCGCCGCCCCCCGCUCGGGCUUGGUUCCCCUCUCCCCCGCACCUCCCCGGCCCGGGCUCUCGGCGCUUCUACGCUCUCGGAAUCACGACCCCUCCCUGCCAUGUAUCCGCAAGGCAGACAUCCGGCUCCCCAUCAACCCGGGCAGCCGGGAUUUAAAUUCACGGUGGCUGAGUCUUGUGACAGGAUCAAAGACGAAUUCCAGUUCCUGCAAGCUCAAUAUCACAGCCUCAAAGUGGAGUACGACAAGCUGGCGAACGAGAAGACGGAGAUGCAACGCCAUUAUGUGAUGUACUAUGAGAUGUCCUAUGGCUUGAACAUUGAAAUGCACAAGCAGACAGAGAUCGCCAAGAGACUGAACACAAUUUUAGCACAGAUCAUGCCUUUCCUGUCACAAGAGCACCAGCAGCAGGUGGCGCAGGCUGUGGAACGAGCCAAGCAGGUCACCAUGACAGAGCUGAAUGCCAUCAUCGGGGUACGUGGACUCCCCAAUCUGCCUCUCACCCAACAGCAGCUCCAGGCGCAGCACCUCUCCCACGCCACGCACGGCCCCCCAGUCCAGUUGCCACCCCACCCAUCAGGCCUCCAGCCUCCAGGGAUCCCCCCAGUGACGGGGAGCAGCUCGGGGCUGCUGGCGCUCGGAGCCCUGGGCAGCCAGGCCCACCUGACGGUUAAGGACGAGAAGAACCAUCAUGAGCUGGACCACAGAGAGAGAGAAUCCAGUGCGAAUAACUCGGUGUCACCCUCGGAAAGCCUGCGGGCCACUGAGAAGCACCGGGGCUCUGCAGACUACAGCAUGGAAGCCAAGAAGCGGAAGGCUGAGGAGAAGGACAGCCUGAGCCGAUACGACAGUGAUGGGGACAAGAGUGACGACCUGGUGGUGGAUGUUUCCAAUGAGGACCCAGCAACACCCCGGGUCAGCCCUGCCCAUUCCCCUCCUGAAAAUGGGCUGGACAAAGCCCGUGGCCUGAAAAAGGAUGCCCCCACCAGCCCCGCCUCGGUGGCCUCCUCCAGCAGCACACCUUCCUCCAAGACCAAAGACCUUGGUCAUAAUGACAAAUCCUCCACGCCUGGGCUCAAGUCCAACACACCAACCCCGAGGAACGAUGCCCCAACUCCAGGCACCAGCACGACCCCAGGGCUCCGGUCGAUGCCAGGCAAACCUCCAGGCAUGGACCCAAUAGGUAUCAUGGCUUCAGCCCUGCGCACGCCCAUCUCCAUCACCAGCUCCUACGCGGCGCCCUUUGCCAUGAUGAGCCACCAUGAGAUGAACGGCUCCCUCACCAGCCCCAGUGCCUACGCCGGCCUCCACAACAUCCCGCCCCAGAUGAGCGCGGCUGCCGCUGCCGCCGCCGCUGCCUAUGGCCGAUCGCCAAUGGUGAGCUUUGGAGCUGUUGGUUUUGACCCUCACCCCCCUAUGCGGGCCACGGGCCUGCCCUCAAGCCUCACCUCCAUUUCUGGUGGAAAACCAGCAUACUCUUUCCACGUGAGCGCUGAUGGGCAGAUGCAGCCUGUGCCCUUCCCGCACGAUGCCCUGGCAGGCCCUGGCAUCCCAAGACAUGCCCGGCAGAUCAACACACUCAGCCAUGGGGAGGUGGUAUGUGCGGUGACCAUCAGCAACCCCACGCGGCACGUCUACACAGGUGGCAAGGGUUGUGUGAAAAUCUGGGACAUCAGCCAGCCAGGCAGCAAGAGCCCCAUCUCCCAGCUGGACUGCCUGAACAGGGACAACUACAUCCGCUCCUGCAAGCUGCUCCCCGAUGGGCGCACGCUCAUUGUGGGUGGGGAGGCCAGCACGCUCACCAUCUGGGACCUGGCCUCUCCCACGCCCCGCAUCAAGGCUGAGCUGACGUCCUCUGCCCCCGCCUGCUAUGCCCUGGCCAUCAGCCCCGAUGCCAAAGUCUGCUUUUCCUGCUGUAGCGAUGGGAACAUCGCUGUGUGGGACCUGCACAACCAGACACUGGUCAGGCAGUUCCAGGGCCACACAGAUGGGGCCAGCUGCAUAGACAUCUCCCACGAUGGCACCAAGCUGUGGACUGGGGGCCUGGAUAACACCGUGCGCUCCUGGGAUCUGCGGGAGGGCCGGCAGCUGCAGCAGCACGACUUCACCUCCCAGAUCUUCUCACUGGGUUACUGCCCCACCGGAGAGUGGCUGGCCGUGGGCAUGGAGAGCAGCAAUGUGGAGGUGCUGCACCACACCAAGCCGGACAAGUACCAGCUGCACCUGCACGAGAGCUGCGUGCUCUCCCUCAAGUUUGCCUACUGCGGCAAGUGGUUUGUGAGCACUGGGAAAGAUAACCUCCUCAACGCCUGGAGGACACCGUAUGGAGCCAGCAUAUUCCAGUCUAAGGAAUCCUCGUCUGUCUUGAGCUGUGACAUUUCAGCAGAUGACAAAUAUAUUGUAACAGGCUCUGGUGACAAGAAGGCCACAGUUUAUGAGGUCAUCUACUAAACAAGGACUGUAACAGGGCUGUCAGACUCUGGGAGAAAAAGACUCAGCUGUGACAAGGAGAUCCUGGCGAGGGGUCCCGACGAUGGCCAGACCCGCCAGCAGCCAGCAUUCCGGGGCUGUGCUGCGGCGGGCUGGGAGGGCGCACCGCACGUCUGACUCUGCGCCGCAUUGAUGCGCCUCCCAGAUUCCGAUGGAUUUCUCUCCAGUUCCCCUUCACCGUUCUGGCAGAUGCUACUAAUAGAUUUAUUUGGAGGCUCAUGGCUCCAGCUCCCCACGGACACCUGACUCUCUGUCUUUCCGUCCCCUUUGUUUUGAUCUGUCCACAUGCCCUGGGCGGGGACACUGGAGAGGACCACAUCUGUGCCAGGGGAGGGGGAUCUUAUUUUCCCUCUUGUGCAGCGCACAAGAUCUGUGAAAAAUGUAAAUAACAGACUCCUAUCUCGGACUGGGCAGCGGGGGAGGAGGCUCCUUCUCACCAGAAACGCUAGCCGUGUAUUUCGCCUGCUGUAUUUGUAAUCCACUCGUGGUGGUGGUGUUUUUUUGUUUUUGUUUUUUGUUUUUUUUUUAAACAGAAAUUC